UAGAGGGGAAUAUUGCGCGGGGGCAUUUUUACAGUGAACACUGUUUAAAGUAUUUCUCUUUUACUGACGAAAUAUUAUCAACGUCCGCUAAAUAGGCUAUCAUAUUAUCUGAAACAGAUUAGCGUGGAAUGCAGAGAGGAGUAUGACAACCACCAAAAAUCCCUCUCAACGAAAAAGGAAUGGCCCGGUAUCAACGUUAGAACUGGUUUUUUCACGUCACAUGUUUCAAAAUAGCUUCUACUCAUUCCAACCAACGUAUUAAAGUGAGUAGGAGCGAUGAUUGGAGCAUGUUGGAGCAUGUUGAAGCAUGUAAGCAGUUGAACAUACAAUGUAAACAAACUUGUGUCAUCUAUGACUGCAUGUACAUGGAUAUCCUUAAUCAGAUUUAAUAACAUUAAAUCCGUAGUUACGAAACUGGUCAAUCAUAGUUAUCUCUCUAAAGAAUGGAGUAACUGUGUUUCUUGCUAGAAGGUACCCUAGAUUCACGAACGACAUUGAAUAUACCAAUGCUCAUCAUGGAACUAUAUCGAUUAGUACCUUACAAGGAAGGCCGUUAUAUAGAUUUUCACCCAUUUAAUAUGCCUCACAUUAAAGUACAUAAAAUCGAACUAGUUGGAAUUGUUACGCAUGUUAAGCACAAUGUCAACAAUCUGUUUCUGACAAUUGAGGAUGGGACAGGAGUGGCACAGGUUAAUUAUAAAUUGGAACAAUAUAUGUACUCUUUGAAAAAACGGCAGGAAAUUGAUAAGAAAUACAGGAACCAAGCUGAAAAUGUAAGGACAAGUGAGGCAAAAGCGAAUAGAAGCUGUCCAAAGAAGUUUCCUGAGACACGUCCAAAAUUCUCCUAUCCACGUGAUGCAUCUUUACAUGAUAUAGCUGUUUUGGAGAAUGAGUGGUGGUCAGAGACGAAUGGUGGUUUAUUGGGUAAAGAAAUUCAACCGUUCGACUACGUAUAUGUCACUGGAUAUCCGUGUCUCGACACAAACUUUCAAAAGAUACCAGAACAGAUAACUGCACAGUUUAUCGAGAAUGCAAGACUGAUUGUGUUUGCAAUGUCUGUCACGUGCAUCUCUGAGGAGAUGUACAAUAAAAAGUUGUUAAUGUGGAUAAACACCACUAUUUGCCAAAGGUACACAGGAAAUAAAAACUGUGCAUAUACUACAAAAAAUAAAUAAUGAAGUUUAUAAAAAUUAUAUUGAAACUAAUGUAAUGUAUUCUUAAAGAUUUUUGUAUAUUGUUAAAUACUAUUCUAUCAAGUUAUGUGAAUUUCCUUCAACAUCUAAGAUAUUGAAUUCAAUCACAAUAGCAAUUCCAGUUCUCACAGAAAUUAAUUAGUUUUAAUCUUUCUUACAUUCUCUCUCAUUCCUUCUGAUAUAUUUGGAAACACACAUGCAUUAAAAAACAUUGCAAAGAUGAAAAGAUUGAGACAUAGGCUGCUUUCCUUUUAAAAGAC